AUGAUAUGGGUCACUCGAAUCCAAAAGCAGACGCGAGUGGAAGGGAUUUGUCACUCUAUGAGGGAGUAUUGUCAAAACGUGCCGUGGUGUCCAGUGGUCCUGCGGAUAGCUGUCAGAGCAGAGGGAGGGUGUCGAAGGGAGAGGGCAGUACCUCAACAAAGAGGACACUUUACAGCACAUUUUGUCUCAAUUUAUCUUUUGGUAGACACUACCAUCAAAAUGGCAAAGGUUUUCAAGAAGACCAGUGGCAAUGGACAUAUUGCCCUGUACUUGGGGAAGAGAGACUUUGUAGACAACAUUGAUUCAGUGGAGGUUGUUGAUGGAGUUGUCAAAGUGGACCCAUCGGGUCUUAAUGGAAGAAAGGUAUAUGUGUACCUGGCCUGUGCCUUCCGAUAUGGAAGUGACGACUUGGAUGUGAUUGGGAUGUCCUUCAGGAGAGACAUUUGGAUCAAGCGUGUUCAGAUAUAUCCUCCUACAGAUGGAACUGCUCCAAAAACACCAAUGCAAGAAUCCCUUAUGAAAAAAGUUGGCGACCAAGGAUGUCCUUUUUCUUUUCAGAUGCCAACCAACCUCCCAUGCUCGGUCGCCUUACAGCCUGGACCAAAUGAUGCUGGCAAGGCAUGUGGUGUGGAUUUUGAAGUCAAAGCCUACAUCGCUAAUGAACCAGAUAAUCCUGAUGAAGUAAUUGAAAAGAAAGACACUUGCCGCUUGAUGAUUCGCAAAAUUCAGUUUGCUCCAGCCACCAACAAACCUGGAGCCAAAGCUGAAAUCAGCAAAGGAUUCAUGAUGUCUGACAAACCAGUCCACCUGGAGGCAUCUCUGGAAAGAGAGAUUUAUUACCACGGUGAUCCGAUCAAUGUCAAAGUCAAAGUCAAUAAUGAAUCAUCAAAAGUGGUAAAAAAAAUCAAAAUCACAGUCGAGCAGCUUACAAACGUUGUGCUGUACUCAUCUGACACUUAUACCAAACCUGUCUGUUCAGAAGAAUUUGGGGAGACAAUAAACGCCAAUGGAACACUUGAGAAGAGUUUCCAGCUGAUACCCCUACUGGCCAAUAACACAGAGAAGCGUGGCCUCUCCGUCGAUGGGCGACUUAAGGAUGAAGAUACCCACCUUGCCUCCACGACCCAGAGUCAGGGAGAAAAGGAGAUGCAGGGAAUCAUUGUUUCAUACAAAGUAAAAGUAAAUCUGAUGGUGGCUGGAGGUCUUCUUGGUGGCCUAACUGGAAGUGAUGUGACUGUCGAACUACCUCUAUCUCUGAUGUCGCCAAAGCCUGCAGAAGUGUAA